AUGAGUGCACGGAAGCUCCAACAGGAGUUUGACAAGAUCAACAAAAAGAUAUCUGAAGGACUAACAGCCUUUGAUGAAACGUACGAAAAGUUAGUCUCGCCAGACGUGGGUCAGCAACGAGAGAAACUCGAAAAUGAUUUGAAGAAGGAGAUCAAAAAGCUUCAGAAACUGCGUGACCAGCUCAAGCAGUGGCUCUCCGAUAGCAGCAUCAAGCUAGACAAAAACUCGUUGCAAGAAAACCGCACGAAAAUAGAGCAUGCUAUGGACCAGUUUAAAGAUUUGGAAAAGAUCUCGAAAAUAAAACAGUUCUCCAAUGAAGGACUCGAGCUCCAAAGCCAACGGAGGUUCAACAAGUUUGGUGGAGCCGACGAUUCCAAAAAGGCAGAGUCGUGUACUUAUAUUUCCGACAUAAUUGACCAAUUGAACCAACAGAACGAAACUCUCGACCUGGACAUCAUUUCACUUACCCAGCAGUUAAAGAAGAACAAGAACACUGCUGGAGCCCAGAAGGAGUUGGAAUUCGCGCGCGAGUCGUUGGCGCGUAACAAGAGCCAUGUGGAGAGGCUUGAAGAGGUGUUGCACAAUCUCGAAACCGACCUUUUGGCACCGGAGAAAAUCGACGAAAUCAAGGACGAUCUUGAUUAUUACGUUGAGAACAACCAGGAGGAGGAUUAUGUUGAGUAUGAUGACUUUUACGAUCAAUUGAAGGUGGACGAAGGGCUGUUGGCACAGAUGGCAGUUGAGGCACCCAGAGAGAAAAAGGAAGACAACCAUGAACACGGUGACCAACGACCAAAGGAACAAACUUCUGAGGCCUCUGCUAAAGAUUCUGCAAAAGAUUCUGCCAAAGAGCCUUCAAAAGAGCCUUCAAAAGAACCUGCGAAGGAUUUGCCAAAGAAACUCUACUCAAACGUAGUCAAGGCACCUCCUCCAGGACUCGAGCCCAAGUCGUCCACUGCUUCGCCCAUUCCUCGCAAAUCCACCCUGCCCAGCGUAAUAUCUACGUUUGGAGAAGGUGUUACUGCUUCGACCCAAAUGGCGGCCAGACGGUUGCAGCACCCUCUUCCAUUUGCAGUGGCUGCCCCCAUGUUAGAAACGUCACUUCUCAACUGUCCGGACUCGUUUGAUGCCGAAAAACCCCGCCAGUACCACCCGCUCAACACCCACCCUUCGCUGGUGGAUUAUCCACAAGAACCCAUGUACGAAUUGAACCUGAGCCAUAUCAUGAAAAAGUUCGAUAAUGACACACUAUUUUUCUGCUUCUAUUACUUGGAGGGAAGCAAUGCCUUGGCUAAAUGGAAUGCGGCGAGAGAGCUCUCCAAGCGUGGAUGGGUGUUUCACCAUGAAACAAAGCAAUGGCAUUUUCCAGAAAAGGCAGCGAAAUCUCCAACUCCAUCGGGAGAUGCGACAAGCUAUAAAUACUUUGACUACGAGAAAACUUGGCUCACCCGAAGAAAAGAGAACUUUGACUUCCCAGCCGAGCUUCGGGAGGUGUUUCAGUAA